AUGAAGUUACUUCUGGAGCGUGGGCUACUUCUGUUAGGUUUGCUCGUUCUCGGCACGUUAGAGCAGGAGCUGACAUCGCGAAGCAAUGGUGAGGCGGCGCAGAUCCUUACCGAACCACGGACCGAUCGUAGUCGCUCGAAGCGAACGCUGGUGUACACCUUCAAUAGCUGCUCCGGGAUCCUGAUCGCCAUGUCGAUACCGCUGCUCGUGACGGGCAGAAACAUUUUCGUGUCGUACAACUUCGAGGCGAACUACAACAUGCCCACGGACAGUACGGACUUUACGCAGGGCAUCCUGAAGAAGGGCGACAACGAGCAGAUAGAGGGCGGUACGGCACGGAAGGUUGGUCGCUCGAUUACGACACCGACUACGACGACGACGACGGUGGCGUCUCCCCGGGGACGAUCGAGCUUCAGUCGGAAAAAGUUUUACCGUACGAUCGACGUGAACCUGCAGCGCUACGGAUUCGCCGGCAAACGGUGCAUCCUGCGGAUGAUCUGCGAUUUGGCGCAGACUCCGCUCCAACACGAGAACGGCGUGUUGGGUGAUUUGCUGCAGUUGAUUUUCACUCCAUCCAUGUCCAGGGAUGAGAACCUGCCAGUUGAGUUCUACCGCGCCGAGGAGCUGGGCCGCAACGAUAGAAACUGUUCCAAAUAUCGGGUACAUUGCCCCUCGAAUCCAAUCGACUUAGUAAGCUUCGUGCUGUAG